UUGCCGGUUGCCGUCGCCAAGAAGUUAAAAGUUGGGCAACUCUCUUUUAGCAAUCGCAAAUCUGUAAAUCGUAAGAAAAAAUUGAUCAAUCACAAUUGAUUAUUCUUCGACCGCAAGGAGAAUAAUCGACUCUGGAUUGGUCAAUUUUCUUACAAUUUUGUGACUUAGGACUUCUAUUGUGGACCCCGCUUAACUCAAUACAUAUAUACAUAAUAUAUGGAAGCUGACUGAUGCGUCCGAUUCUUAUGAUUCUAUAUGUGUGAUAUUAUUAAUAUUUAGGAACAAUAUUUGCUACUGUAAUCAGUUACCAUUUAUAAAUUUUGUAUAUAGGUCUUAGAAUAUAUCAUUUUGAGGAGAUGACGAUGGAACUGAAGAAGUUUCUCUAUGGUUUAUUAAGUGGCAUAGAAGGUUUGUAUGGUAUAUUAAUUACAGACAGAGAUGGAGUACCUGUUGUAUCCGUGUCUGAUGAGAAAGCACCAGAGUUAGCUAUGAGAGCUAGCUUUUUAUCAACUUUUGGAAUGGCAACAGACCAGGGAAGUAAACUGGGUCUUGGGAAAAACAAAACUAUUAUAUGCAUGUAUAGCAAUUACCAGGUGGUGCAGAUGAAUAAGUUACCAUUGGUUGUAAGUUUCAUCGCUAGUCACAAUUGCAACACUGGUCACAUAUUGUCAUUGGAGAAUAAGAUUGAUCCUAUUUUAAGUAGUUUAAAAAAUGCAGUAGUGGAAGCCUGAUGGUUACCUGUUGUCCAUUAUGGGUGAUAAAUACUGAAUAUUAUUAAGAUGCAAACUUAUGAACCAUUGAGGAUAUCGCACGAAUAGUGCCUAUGUCACAAUGUUAGUACUUUUCCCAAUAGAAAACAACCUGUUUCUAUAUUUCUACUUGCUAACACUUUUACAUAAAUGUCAAAAGCGUAUUUUGUGGGCAGAAAUAAUUAUAGUAUUUCAUAACAAAAUCAGUGUAGUAUAGUUCUUUAAGAACUUUAGAGAUAU